UAGAAAUUUUGUUCGCAGUGUAGAUGGACGUGUCAUCUUUGCAAUUUCUAUGUUUUGAGCAAUUUUAAUGAUAUUUUUAAUUGUUAAAAAAAUUUAUCAUCAAUUAUGUUGACUUCGUCUCAUGUUUCCAACAAUGGUUCUUAUUCUAAUGACCGGGGGGCUGGAUUUGAGACCGAGUUUGCGGUCGAUCCAGCCUCCGGAGGAUUCUUCCAUACAGAUUUCAAAAAGCACGAUGACCUCAAAGAAAUGCUUGAUUCUAAUAAAGACAGCCUCAAAUUGGAAGCAAUGAAAAGAAUCAUUGGGAUGGUUGCAAAAGGUCGAGACGCGUCUAUGCUUUUUCCAGCUGUUGUUAAGAACGUCGUUUCUAAAAACAUUGAAGUCAAGAAGUUGGUUUAUGUGUAUUUGGAAAGAUAUGCUGAAGAACAGCAAGAUUUAGCUUUACUUUCGAUUUCUACGUUUCAGAGAGCUUUAAAAGAACCUAACCAACUGAUCAGGGCAGGAGCGUUGCGGGUUUUAUCCAGUAUAAGGGUCAAAAUGAUUUCACCCAUCGUCAUGUUAGCAAUACGAGACGCUUCGUCCGACAUGUCGCCUUAUGUGCGCAAAACCGCAGCACACGCCAUCCCCAAAUUAUAUGGUUUAGACAAUGAACUUAAAUCCGAACUGGUUACCAUCAUCCAGAAACUCCUCGCGGACAAGACGGUCCUCGUCAUCGGCUCGGCCGUGAUGGCCUUCACUGAAGUUUGCCCCGAGCGCGUCGACUUAAUUCAUCAAGUGUAUAGAAAACUGUGUGCCUUGCUCGUCGACGUGGACGAAUGGGGUCAAGUGACCAUCGUCAACAUGCUGACUCGCUACGCUCGCAUGCAGUUCGCCGACCCUAACCUACACGAACAUGGCGAUGACUCGGACCGUCCGUUUUACGACUCAGGGUCCGAUUCCUCCGAGAAGCCCGCCCCCACUCUCGACCCCGACCACCGCCUCUUGUUGAGAUCCACCAGGCCUCUGCUGCAAUCGCGCAACGCCGCCGUCGUCAUGGCGGUGGCGCAGCUGUACCAUCACGGCGCCCCCAAGAGCGAAAGCCUCUUGGCGGCGAAGGCUAUGGUUCGGCUUCUGCGGUCGCACGUGGAGGUCCAGAGUGUGGUUUUGAACGCCAUUGCGUCGAUUAGUGCGCAGAAUAAGGGGAUGUUUGAGGCGUACUUGAAGAGUUUCUUCGUGCGGACUUCCGAUCCGACGAAUAUUAAGUUGUUGAAGCUUGAGAUUUUGACGAAUCUGACGACGGAUUCGAAUGUUUCGAUUAUUUUGAGAGAACUGCAGACUUAUAUUUCUAAUAGUGAUAAGAAGUUUGUUGCGGCGACGAUUCAAGCGAUUGGGAGGUGUGCCUGUUCCAUUAAUGAAGUUACGGAUUCUUGCCUUAACGGAUUGGUGUCGCUGUUGUCAAAUAGAGAUGAGGCUGUUGUUGCUGAAAGUGUAGUCGUCAUUAAGAGGCUCCUUCAAACACAAGCUGCCGACCCGAAGGAAAUUAUCACUCAUAUGGCGCGACUUCUCGAUAGUAUAACUGUUGCGCAAGCGCGAGCUGCCAUUUUGUGGCUGCUUGGCGAACAUUCCCAAAAAGUGCCGCAUAUUGCACCCGAUAUUCUUAGGAAAUUAGCUAAAACGUUCUCUGACGAGCAUGACAUAGUUAAAUUACAAGUGAUGAAUUUAGCCGUGAAACUGUACAUAACAAACUCGGAACAAACUUCGCUUUUAUGUCAAUACAUUUUUAAUUUGGCGCGUUAUGAUCAAAACUACGACAUUAGAGAUAAAGCAAGAUUGCUUAAGCAAUUUAUCCCUAGACAAGAAGGAAAAAUCACUUCCUACGCAACAAGAAUUUUCCUAGCGAGUAAACCGGCACCGUUAUUACAGUCACAGUUCAAAGAUCAUGAAGACUUGCAAUUAGGUUCACUGUCGCAUUACAUCAAACAGAGAGCAACCGGUUAUGAACCUCUUCCACCUUUCCCUGAACACCCGCCACCUAGUGACGUCAGAAACGUCGAACCAAUCGUAACAACUGAAGAUUCCAAACCGUAUAAAAAAUCGGAUAAGAAGAGCAAAGACAUGUUUUUGUGGGAAUCUGGGAGUUCGCGUGGUGCUAGUAGCAAUAACACUUCUGGAAGCGAAGAUUCGUCGAGUAGUAGCGAAAGUACGAGCGAAGAAAGUGAUAGUCAGUAUGAAGAAGAAUCAUCAAGUGAAGAAAAAUCGGGAACUAAAUCGUCUAACUCGAGCUCCAGCGAAGAAUCAAGUGAAGAAGAAAGUGAAGAUGAAAGACCUAAGCACGAAAAAUCGCAAAUAUCAAGACCAGAGCCGCCAAAACCAAAGUCGAAUUUAGAUUUACUGCUAGAUUUAAGCGAUCUUGAUAGUUCUAUUCCUGUGAUGACACCAUCCCUGGGUGGGUUUUUGACUCCAAGUACCAUAGUCAGCGUCAACCCAUUACUCAUUGAAAUAAUUCCCGCAAUCUACACUCACACUAAAUCAAUGGAACUAAUUAAUAAAAUCAACGGCAGAGGAUUAUCAGCUAUCUAUAGGUUUACAAGGUCACCACAUAUAUUAUCCCCCAGUAUGGCAAACAUCAACAUCAUGUUCACUAAUAACAUUAACGAAGACAUAACGGACAUCCGACUCGGCAAAAAGAACUUGGGUAUGGACAUGUCAAUUUACGACUUCGCAAACAUCCCAAAGUUGCCGCCAAAUGGGUGUUUGCCAGCAACUUUAGGGAUCGAUUUUAACGAUACUAUACAAUCUGCGAAUUUCGAAAUAGUGUGUUCAUUAGGAAACUUUACUGUAUGCGUGAAACCGACAAUAGGCGAACUGAUCCGACCCAUAAAAAUGGAAAACGUCGUUUUCUAUGAAAAACAAUCAAAGUUGGGCGGGAUGAACGAGCAUGUUGGGCAUGCAAAGUGUGUUAAUAAUGUUACAGAGAAGGUGUUAGAGUGUACAAAUUUGGGCGUUUGCGGUAACCCGGAUGGUGAUACGUUGAGAUUCGCGGGUCAGACGCUGAAAUCGUCGAAUUUAAUUUUGGUUACAAUUACAAAUCAAGAAACGAUUAUAGUUAAUUGCGAAAAUAUGGUGUUCGGGUCCGUUCUGCUCAACGAACUGCUACACAACUUGAAGACAUAAUCUCAGCUUAAACAUAUAUGAAACAUUAUAUUCUUACCUUAUGUACUUUUUUUUUUGUAACGAGAAAUACUUAAAACAUAAUGUGCACCAAGUAGCCGCUUACAGUUCUAGAGCUUCCUUUGUCGAGUGAAUAUUAUGUUAUUUGUAUUUUAUGCACAUGUAAAGUUCAACUUGUUUUUUAUCCUUUCAAAUAAAUAUCUAAUUGAAUUUUUUGAAA